AUGUUCCGUUACCAUCUUUCCAGGCAUAAGGCAAUUGUCCAUGGCCAAAAGAAAGAUGAAGGCCCGUUUGUGGCAGUUCCUGAGAACCAUUUGGCCGUCGAUAAAUUAAUCCCAGGCGAAACUCAUGAGUUCCCAAAAGACUCAAUAUCUAACAAGGAGAUAAUUAACGAUGAAAAUACUCUUGGAAAGCGUGGAUCAAAAAGAAGACUCAGUCUUACCAGAAUGAAGCAAGCUUUCAGAAGAAAAUGUUCAAAACUGAAAGCUGAUAGCUUGAGAAGAUGGAAAGCAAUCUUUUCAAAAAGCAAAGAUUCUGAUAUUAAUCUGCAAGAGUCUUCACCAUUAUCUUCUCAAUUUUCUAAUGAAAGAGGUAUUGCAUCCACAAACACCUCUGUUGCUCCAGCUAAAUCUUCUAUGUCAAUCCUGGAAAACAUUCCGGUCUCUGAUACUUCUAAAGGAAACCGCUCGAACGAAAGUUCAGAAUCUAUCCAUAUUGUUGACAUAUCUUCGUUUUUCUCUUUUGACUUAGGACCAGAAAUUAACCCACCUGCUGAAACCUCUUCGCUAUUCUCGUUUGACUUAGGACCAGAGGUUGUUCAAGUUGCAAAUGUUUCUGAUCGUUUUCCGAGGUUAGUACCAAACGCCCAAGCUGCUGUGACUUCCGAAAGUGCAACGAAGCGAAGUGAGACUGAUCUCAAGAGGAUAAGGAGCGAGUUGGUGAUACUUCAAAAAGAUUACAAAGAGGAAUUCGGUUGCUUGGGUCUCAUUGUCAAAUCUGAUGACCCUUAUUUCCUUUUCUUUGAGGAACAGAUCUGGGAACUUGAACUCCAGAUCCGUGCAAUCGAUUCCGAGAUAUACGAAGGCAAAGAUCUCCCUGACACUCUCUAUGAUGAUCAGAAGGUAGCGCGAAACCAACCUGAGCAAAUUGAGGAAGGUGGCCCAUCUGUGGCCGUUCCCAGUAAAACAUACGAGGAGUUGGCUACUUACCAUGAUUGGGAAGAAUGGUGGUUUGACAACUGCUUUUCCAAAAGAUCCAUGAGCGAGUUGAUAAAACUACGCGAGAUUUGGGCAGAAAAGCUAGAGAUCUUGAAACAACACGGGUAUGAAGAUACCCCAUUUUCCCGCUCUCUUAACGAACGCAAGCUGGCUCUUGACUUCCUGAUAGUUGAAAUCAAAUCCAAACUUGUGAGAAGAAAGAAAGCUUGGGAACUAGGAGAUAAGCAAAUUGUUCAUACCCUUGACAAAAACACCAUUAACCGCCACUACGCCCGUUUGAGUCCCUUUCGCUCUAUCACGUCGUCCAGCACGUCACACAUCCAUACUACAUGGUUCUCCAACACCAUUUACUCCAGAAGAGUGCGAUAUACCUCCACGUCAUCGCCCCAGGAGAACCCAUCGUCAUUACUCAACAGAGCCACCCAGGUGCUAGACAUAUCGCCAUUGUCCCUCCAUCGAGAAUCCAAUCCGUCUAGAAGUGUUGGUGCCACCACCUCCAUACGGAUAAACCAAUUCUUCCAAUCAAUCAUCGUCAACGACUUCAACCGUUCUAGGGACAUUUUGAACAAACUUGGUCAGCACAUCAAUGUACAAUACUACAAGGCAUCUUCGUCAAGCCUGGUUCUCGAACAAAUAGACAACUACUACUCGUGCUUUUUAAUUCUCCUCACCAGUCAAAAGUGCUGCAUCCAGGACAUUAAAUUAUUAACCGAUGACUUCAGGGCCAUCGACAGAGGCUUGUCCAAACUACAAACUAGCAGCGGGAUAUCCGAAAACAAGAGGGAAAUUCAAAACAUGCUAAUUGUCAAACUGGUCCAAUGUUUCCAGGAGUUCACAGAGGUAAAGAAGACAAAUGAAAGAAUCAUGAAGGCAUCCAUUGCGAAAUUCAUCAAGCUGCUCAUGAAAGAAUUCCAAGUCAAACCCGAAAUCAUCAUAAAUCACAAGGACAUCAACUAUCAAGCCUUUGAGGAAAUAUGCAAAAUGGUCAAAAUAAAAACGCUGCCCUCCAGUCCUCACACAGUUGAGCCACUGCAUCACUUCCACGAUUCGUCCAUCGAUUCGUUUAAGGAUAGCAACGGGUUCAUCAGUUUAACUGGGUUGUGCUCCUAUAUUUGUUCCAAGAGGUUUGACAUCUAUGGCCCUGGAAAGAUGUACCAGAUCUAUGACACUUUAACAUCACAAGAACAACUAGAAUUCAUGCAGAAAUACCAAGCUUUUUGCCACGCGAAACAGCUCAAUGUAGAAUCAUAUUGCUUGGAUCUAGUCGAGGAUAUAGAUGCUCAUAAAAAACCUGAAGACGCUAGCAUUCACAAAUUUAGAAGUGAGAACUCGGAAUUCCUUUACGAAUGGUUCACAGCAAGUGUUGCUGAGAUAAACACUUUGGCCAAAAAACUUCUGAACCAUCCUGAUUUACAGUCUUUAAGUGAAGACGAACGGGUACUUGCGAAAUAUUUUGUACAUUGGAACCUCAUCCCAAAGAAUGCAUUAAUAACCCUAAUUUUAUCAAAGCUUCUAACGGCCACAUUGGCCUCACCUCAAGAAUAUGUCAGAUUGGCGGAGCUAGUAAAGCAAAUUUCUGCUUCUUUCAAAAGGUUAGUCUACAAGGAGCCAUCAUACAAAUUGAUACGAAACGAGGUUCUUAAGCGGUUUGAUGAAGACGAAGAUGGUAUUAUACUUUUCACUUCAUUGUUGAAAAUUGUUAUGAAUAAGUGCAAACUUAAGUUACUGGCAAAAGAUCGGAAUGUGAUGAAAGAAGUUCUAUUAUUGGGUGGACAAUCGCAGUAUUUGCAACCAGACCAAGACGAUAAUGCUUUCAAAUACUCUCUUAUUCGUUUAGAACGAACUAAACUCCUAGGUGUUAUCACAAUCCAUCCUUAUCUUUUCCAAAAACUAAAGACAUACGAUUCAUUGACAUUCAACAGAUCGUUGUACUUACCAAUGCUUUGCACUCCCAAGCCAUGGGUUAGCCCAACCGACGGCGGCUACCUCAAAGACCUCAAACCAAUAGUCACCUCAAAUGAUAUUAACUCGUGUUUGGCUUAUUUGAACAAGGCCCACCAGACAGGACAAUUAAGCUCUCUAUACGAGGGACUAAAUACGCUAAGUCUGAAUGCAUGGGCCAUCAAUUCCAAAGUAUUAGAGAUUUAUAACGAUGCCAUGGAAUCUGAGAUGGGAUUCUUGAAGAUUCCAGCGAAGAUAGCUGCAUUAUCCGAGGAGCAAGAUGAUUAUCACGAUCUCAAGGGUCUCCGUAUCCAAUACAACAUGAUUCAACUAAUUGCAAACUCGUUUGACGAAAAUGGGGAUAUGUUUUAUUUGCCCCAUGGUGUUGAUUUUAGAGGCAGGGCCUAUCCAAUGGUGUCUGAGCUCUCCCAUUACCAGCAGGACUCAGUCCGAGGGUUAAUGAUGUUUUGGCACAGUAAACCUUUGGGAACCAAUGGCUUCGAUUGGAUCAAAUACCAGUUGGUAGGCGUAUCUGGUCAGGAUAAGUUGACCAUGGAACAAAGACUUGUCUACUUUGACCAGCAUCUAGAUCUCAUUCUCGACUCUGCUAGAAACCCCUUGGACGGAAAAAUGUGGUGGAAGUCAGCAGAAAAGCCAUGGCAGACCUUGGCACUUUGUAUUGAGGUAGACAAUAUUGUCCAGUACGGGAAAACUGGGAAAAUAGAAGACUAUAGGUCGAGAAUUCCUAUCCACCAAGAUGGUUCUUGUAACGGACUUCAGCAUUACGCUGCUUUGGGGGCAGACAGAGAAGGUGGAUUGUCGGUGAAUCUUCUUCCGUUAGCAGACAACCGCAGAGGUGAUGUUUAUGCUAAAGUGUUGGAAAUAGUCGAGAGAAAAGUGGCAAGUGAUGCAAAAAGCGGUACAGAAAUAGCAAGGGUUGCUAGCUUAAUAUUAUCGCGGAAGCUCAUCAAACAAACAGUGAUGACAACAGUUUAUGGGGUUACCAAUUACGGAGGGGCUGCUCAAAUUGAGCAAAGGAUAAAGGAACUCGUGGAAGAUAUCACAAUUCGGAGUGAGGGAAUUCAAGAUACUUCCAUUUUUGUUGAUAAUCAAAGAAGGCUAGCAAUUUACCUUUCAGGAAUUGUAUUGGACUCGGUAUCAGAAUUAUUCGCUGGGGCUAAGCUUAUCCAAGAUUGGCUACUUGAAAAUUGCUACAGAAUUAUCAACUCGUUCGACCUUGAAACUGUGGAACAUUUCCUGGGUGAAGACACAGAUUUUAUGGGGUCCAAUUCGUACAAACCCAUGAUGUGGACCUCAUUGUCAGGAUUCCCAGUGGUACAGCUUUACAAGCACACCAAGUUUUCCCUUAUUCCCACCACAUUGCAGAGUGUAAAAAUUAAUAGGCCUACGGAAAUUGCUCCAAUCAAUAAGAAAAAGCAGUUGAAUGCGAUUGCCCCCAAUUUCAUCCAUUCAUUAGACUCUAUCCACAUGUUCAUGACUGCCGUUUCUUCAAGACUACACUCCAUUGGAUUUGUAUCAGUUCAUGAUUCAUUUUGGACCUAUCCAUGUGAUGUGGAAGUGUUGUCCAAGAUUCUUCGAGAGGAAUUUGUUCGAUUGCAUUCUUCAGACAUUAUUGAGAAUUUACGGGCGGACAUGUUGUACACCACGAAAAUGUCGUUCCAAUUGGUGUGGAUAGAGAAUAUCAAUAAUAAAGAGUUGAUCAGUGCAAUUCUUGAAUACCGGAGUAAACACACCUCUAAGUCAAUGGCAUACAUAUUGAGGCAAGAAUUGCAGGAGCUCACUGAAGGAUCAUCAAGAAUAGCACAUCUAAUAAAGGAGUACGAGCCACAACUAUUCAUCAAGUCCAAAUCGGGAAGAUCCCUUGAAUCAUACACAUCCAGAAUCAACCUGGACAGAAGAGUCCGCAAGUAUGAAACCAAAAAAUUCACACCCGUUUUAGUACCAGUUCAAAUUCUAGAGUGUCCACCAAGAGGAGACUUGGACAUUAAAGAGGUCCUAGCAAGUAGAUACUUCUUCUCGUGA